AUGGGCAUUGAUGAGCAACACUACAAGCGUCAUCACGACAUUGCCGAGCGCUUACGAGCCGUCUAUGAGAGUUGUGGCGAGAUCGACUGGAACAUCGUGCCGGACGAAUCUGAGCUAGACGAACGUGGAAGAGCGAGAGAUCUCGGCGAUGAGGACACUCCAUCCUCAAAGCGUGAGCGGAAGGAUGCAAAGCGUCUGGCAAGAGCGGCUAGUAGAUCUAGAGUCAUUACGCAGGAGGAGAUUAGAUACAUCGACUCCGUUGUACACUCAGCUGAGGGCAUAACGAGCAACGACGCGGACGGGCCGCGGAAUCCGGAAGAGAUCGAGGAGAUUGAGCGACAGCUUCGUGUAGGUGCCGACACGCAAGUCGGCCGCAAGGGAAUCAGAAAGCUCGCCGAGGCGCCUGUCGAGUCUUUAAACGUUGACUUCGAAGCCGAAAUGGACCGCAUCUUGGAAACCUUCCGUAUCAACGAGCUACUCAGGCGUAACACCAAAACGAAGGGUCUACAAGGCAAAGAACUCAAGAUGUUCCAAGGCCUCGUCGAAACGUUCAAGCACGCCGUCCUGGAGGACAUCGUUCUGGUCAAGAAAGACACUGCCGAAGUGCGAAUGCGACGAGCAGGCUAUCUCCGAUACACUAGUAAGACCGCAUACGGUAUUGUAGAAGAGAGGUAUACUGGAAAGGACUGGAAAACUGGAGAGAAGUUCCCGUCUAGUCUGAGUGAUUUCAGUGGCGGUAUCACCCCCACGGAUGAGACUGCUCCACUGGUCAGUGAUCAGGACGAUGACGAGUCGCCGCCGCGGUCUAGUACCCUUGACAUCUCCGACCGAAGGCAUCUUGAGAGCAACCACAAGCGCGUGAGCGGCGACGAUGGACUCUACCAUGCAGAUAUCGAGCCCUAUCAUACUCCGCUAUUACCUUUGCCACCCGCCCCAACCUUGAACAGACAGUCGGCUGCGGUUCUGGUGAUCAACGUCAAGGCUUCAGAGCGGGGGCCGACUACAGUGCCUGGCCGGAUCAAGAAAUCACAACAAGCUCCUGAUGGAUGGCAAGUCGUCACGAAUGGAGUGACGCCAACAAAAUCGGUAGCAAAGACGCGCGCUUGGGGUAACAUUCCAAGUAAGCCUCCGGCUCGUGCUCCUCGGCCUGGACCGACUCCAUGGCUUUCCGAUUCGCGCGACUUCCCAAACCUCUCAGCCUCGCGGAGCUCUUCAGAUGAGCCUUAUAUCCCAGCUCCAGCAGUAAAGCCUCCAAAGGCUUGGGGUAUGUCAGCACCCGAGAGUUUUACGACCGAGACGGAAGACUCUGUCAACGGCCAUCCCGCAAUCUCGCAGAAGAAGAAGGCUAAGAAGGCACGAGAGGCGAAGCGCAAGGCAAAGAAGCAGUCUAUACCGGAGGCAGCUAUCAGUCUUCCUGAUCUCCGAAACGAAGCCACUGAAGAUGUCUAUGACGUGGGUGACGUCUUAGCACAAUCUGCUUCCAUGCUACCUGAUACUAUACUCUACAACAAGGACCGCGAUAGUUCUCAAGAUGUGCUAUCGUACACGGAGAGCGCCAAUGAUCACGAUGCUUCCACUGCGGUAGUAUCAGAGCCAAUCUCCACGGACGCGACAUUCGCUAAGGCAGUGUCUCCAGUACCUCUGCCUGAACCUGUACUACCUAUCACAAAAGACGGCAAGCACAUGCACUGGAUUAGGUUUGUCCGCAAAUUUAUUAGCGAUCAACUCACAAAUCCGUUCCCGCCGUCAUGGGAUGGUUGUUCACACAGCACAUCAUGUUCGUUUGAGAACAAUGACAUUCUUGAUUGUCCCUUCCAUGAGCCUCACUGUCCCUGUGUUGAUCCUCUGGGAGAUCAAUGCUACCUGGUGAUGCCAUGCCUAGACUUAUGUAGCACCGGGCCUUUCAACCGCCUCCGUGGAGAGAAACUACUAUCGCUGUACGAGAAGGAUCAUCGGACCAAGGGCCGCUUGAUGCUAGUAGACGAUGACCUGAUCAACUAUCUCAUGGAAGACCCUACUAUUCGAGCGCGCAAUCGCAACCCAGAUGGCGUACCUGAUCGUCUGCAAAAGGAGUACGACGACGUUAAGAAUGGCUUCAAUCCUGGAGCACUAAUGGCUCAAGAGCUUCGAUUCGAGCGACUUUUUGCAAAGAACGGAUUCAACAAGCAGGAGCUCACUCAGGUCAUGUUACAGGAUAUCCAGCACAACCAACUCGAGCGUCUAGGUACGCAGCGCAUUUGCUACUGUCGUGCUACCGCACCAAAGGGUGAAUCACCCGCGAAGGACACUGUCAUUUGCUCACAUCGCGACUGUACUACUACGUACUUUCACAAGUCAUGUGUAAAGAAGCUCGGUGUGGAGAAGGUGUCGCGCUGGUACUGCACAUCAUGUGAACAACAGAUGAAGAUACUUGCAUGUCAGACGCUACGUGGACUAGGCUAUACUGACAUCCCCACGGAGCAUCUUUGCAGCUCUUCCCAUGGGCUGAACGCGGAAGAAUUCGAAUCAUUGCUUGACGAGAAGUUCAGGCAGAUGAUGAGCUCACCCGACAUGGACUACCUGACACUGCUACCUCCCGAGAUUAGAGAGAAGGUUAAAGAACUUGGUGGGCUGCCUUCCAUGCCUGCACAGUUACAGAAGCAACUGAAAGAGAAGGUUAGGGCGCUUGGCAUCAAGUUAGCGGGAACCGACGUUGACUUCCCGAUAUCUGAUGAGAUGCGACGCGUGCUUUGA